UGCGCUUUCUGCUAGAGAACGGAAUCCCACCAUCCCAUAACCUUCCGAGCCGUAGGGAAAUCAAGUGCUUCAUUUCGAUCAAACUUUGUCAAAAUGGGAGGUGAUCAUCACCAUCAUGGGCCUCCUUACAAAGUACCUGAUUACCGUACCUACAAAGUGGAUGAAAAUUCGCCAGAAUUAUUGCAAAUCCAAAGAGCUCUCGCAGCUCAGGGCUUGAAAGAUCCCUGGCUCAGGAAUGAAGUUUGGAGAUACAACCGACAGCUGAUUGGCCCUCAAAAUUGGUCAACUACGUGGGGAAGGAUUAUGUUCCGUAAAUUCCCAGUUGGUUUGGCAUUAGCUGCUGGAACUGUAGCUUUGGAGAUGGCUUAUGAUUCUUACAAUGGCAGCGGUGAUCAUGGACAUGGUCAUGGAGAACAUCAUUGAUCUAAUAAUCUAUCUAAUGGAAGCUUGACGUUUUCAUGUAGAUUUGUGCGACGUAGACUGUGUAAAUAUUACAAAUUUACUGUUGUCACAUGGGUAAAUCUUUUUGUUAAAGCAAUGAAGUCCUGAAGCUGUGUUAAUCCUUAUUCUUUUUGUAAAAUAGCAUCUAAAUUAAUAUCUAGGUUCUCAUGUGAAUAAAAAUCCUUCUUAAUUUUA